UACUUUUAAUUGUCUGCCUCCUAUCUAUGACCACUCAACCAGUCUCUUCUUCUCCUUCUUCUUCUUCUUCUUUCACUCAUGGAGAGCACGUGAGUUUGUUUAAGCCUUAAGCUAUUUGUCAUGCAUAUAAGCUUUGUUCUUACUGUAUCGUUUUAUUAAGAAAGAAAAUCAAUACAAAAUCAGAUAAGAUUCUCUCUGCUUCUUCAAUUCUUCAAUGUUCUCCUUAAAAUCCUUAUUCAGGCUUAUGGGGAGUUCCCCAUUGCCAAUUGAUUCUGGGGUGGAACCUCAACUUCCUUCAGAUCUGCCCCCUACGACCACUCAACCAGUCUCUUCUUCUCCUUCUUCUUCUUCUUUCGCUCCUGAUUCAUCAUGGACAUAUGAUGUGUUUUUGAGUUUUAGAGGUGAGGAUACACGCACCAAUUUUACAGAUCAUUUGUACAAGGCGUUGUGUGAUAAGGGCAUCUACACCUUCAUUGAUCGAGAGCUUGUAAGAGGAGAAGAAAUACCGCCAGCCCUUGUCAAAGCAAUUGAAGAAUCAAGAAUUUCUGUCAUUGUAUUCUCUGAAAACUAUGCAUCUUCGAGGUGGUGCUUGGAUGAACUUGUCAAGAUCCUUCAAUGUAAACAAUCAAAGCAACAAGUAGUCUUGCCCAUUUUUUACAAGGUGGAUCCGUCGGAUGUGCGAAACCAAACAAGUAAAUUUGGUGACGCAUUUGAAGGCCUUAUUCAAAGGAAAUUCAAGGAUGACAAGGAGAAAGUGCUCAUAUGGAAGGAAGCUCUUAGACAAGCAGCAAAUUUGUCCGGACAUACUUUCAAGGAUGGAGAGUACGUAUAUUUCUAUCUUUAUCAUUUUCAUGUUUAAUUUUUUUCUCUCUUCUUUCUCAUUACUGUUUGUUACACAUUUAAUUGUUACUCAUUAUUAAAGAAAAGUAUCCUUUUGUAAAAAUAUUAAAUUGUAGGGAGAAGAUCUUUAUUUUAAUUUUUUGUGUAUUUUUAUA